AAACGCCUAUUGGAAAUCGAAGCAGACGAAGUUAUUGAUGGUGAACUUUUGAAUUUGUAAGAAGUAGUUUAUGUAAGAAUUUUGUUAAAAAAGGAAUGAUGUCGACGUUUGGACAGUUGGAUGGUGCUGACCUCAAAACUUUGCUUGAGACAGAGGUUUGUGAUGAAAUUGAAUCAUUUUUCACCAAGGCAGAAUUUUCUAGUAUGUCAGAUUAUGAGAAACUGCGACUUAGGAAUAUGAGGAAGAACUAUGAAAUGAUGGGACUUUUGGGUCUUCCGGUUCUGAAGCCUGAAUUUAUGAAAGGUCCUAGAGCACGGCGGAGGAGGAAUAUAAUUGUAGAGUCUGAUGACAGCGACGAGGAAUGGAAGCCUGGAUCGUCACGUAGACAUUCUAAAGCAGAAAAGGUAUUCAAAACUCCAUAUCGAAUUUCAUCAAAGCCAGAGCCAAGUAUGGUUUCUAAAAAGAAAUCGCCAAAAAGUACUAAAAGUAAAAGUGAAAAAUGUGGACAUCGGUAUCCAAUGAGGCCAAGAAGUCUUACAAACUACAUGAACAUUGAGGUUCCAGAUGACGACCGCUUUUUAUAUUGUGAAGACUGUGGGAAAGAGUAUGAUGGUGACUGUCCGGUACAUGGGCCUUUAAAUAUUGUGGAAGAUACUAAGGUUCCCAAUACGGUGAAGAACAAGGAUAAAGCUAGCUGUACUCUUCCUGCAGGCCUGUCCAUCCGGAAGUCGGGGAUUCCCAAUGCUGGUUUAGGUGUCUGGGCUGACAAGUUCUUUCCAAGUAGGACACAGUUUGGACCAUAUGGAGGCAUUUGUGAAAAGGACAUUGACAAAGCUCAUGCAUCUGGCUAUUGUUGGCAGAUCUAUAAUGAUACUGGUCGGCUGUCUCACUUUGUGGAUGCACGUGACCCGUCUCAGUCCAACUGGAUGCGUUACGUCAACUGUGCUCGCACUGAGGAAGAACAAAACGUGACCGCCUAUCAGUUCAGUGGGCAGAUUUACUACAGGUCAUUUAAACCAAUCAAGCCAGGCUCGGAGCUCUUAGUUUGGUAUGGUCAAGAGUACGCAAAGGAACUGGGAAUCAGUCCGAAGCAGUGGACAUCAAAACACAUGAAAAAGACCAACAUAAAAGGUGUGUUUUCCUGUGCCUACUGUAUUAUGGCAUAUUCCAAUGCAGAAUUUCUUCAAAAGCAUCUGAAAAGAUCUCACUGGGAUAAAAUGCAAAGGACAGAAUGUACAGGAAAUGAGAUUGGUAAUGUUGAAAAGCUCUCACCUGUAAAGAGAGUGGAAAUUUCCAACAUGGCGGUAACUGCAAAAAAGAAUGUGCAUGAUGAAAAUACAAACCGGAGUCUAAAGCCUCAAAAUUUAGGAGAAAAACAUAAGUCAAGUCGAACUAGUGACAAAAAACUGCAUACAGAAAAUAAAUCAUUCGAGAAUUGUUUAUGUGAGAAUGAGUUUGAUUCUUCAAAAUCUUCAGCAACUUGUUUAGAUGUGAAAUGUUUAAAAUGUGGCGUGUGCAAGAAAGAGUUUAGUCAGUCAAAUGACUUAACACUGCAUGCGAGAAUGUGCACAGAAAAAACACUUAAAAAGUGUGAUGUGUACAAGACGGGGGUAAAUAUGUCUGAUAACUUGACAACACAAAAACAACAUACUGGAGAGACACCUUACAAGUGUGAUGUGUGUGGGAAACAGUUUAAUCAGUCAGGUCCCUUGACAACACACAAGAGAAUUCAUACUGGAGAGAAACCUUACAAGUGUGAUGUGUGUGGGAAACAGUUUAAUCAGUCAAUUCACUUGACAAAACACAAGAGAAUUCAUACUGGAGAGAAACCUUACAAGUGUGAUGUGUGUGGGAAACAGUUUAAUGAUUCAAGUGCCUUGACAACACACAAGAGAAUUCAUACUGGAGAGACACCUUACAAGUGUGAUGUAUGUGGGAAACAGUUUAAUCAUUCAGGUACCUUGACAAGACACAAGAGAAUUCAUACUGGAGAGAAACCUUACAAGUGUGAUGUGUGUGGGAAACAGUUUAAUGAUUCAAGUGCCUUGACAACACACAAGAGAAUUCAUACUGGAGAGACACCUUACAAGUGUGAUGUGUGUGGGAAACAGUUUAAUCAGUCAGGUCCCUUGACAAAACACAAGAGAAUUCAUACUGGAGAGACACCUUACAAGUGUGAUGUGUGUGGGAAACAGUUUAAUGUUUCAAGUCACUUGACAACACACAAGAGAAUUCAUACUGGAGAGACACCUUACAAGUGUGAUGUGUGUGGGAAACAGUUUAAUCAGUCAGGUGACUUGACAAGACACAAGAGAAUUCAUACUGGAGAGAAACCUUACAAGUGUGAUGUGUGUGGGAAACAGUUUAAUCAGUCAGGUCCCUUGACAACACACAAGAGAAUUCAUACUGGAGAGAAACCUUACAAGUGUGAUGUGUGUGGGAAACAGUUUAAUCAUUCAAGUACCUUGACAACACACAAGAGAAUUCAUACUGGAGAGACACCUUACAAGUGUGAUGUGUGUGGGAAACAGUUUAAUCAUUCAGGUGACUUGACAACACACAAGAGAAUUCAUACUGGAGAGACACCUUACAAGUGUGAUGUGUGUGGGAAACAGUUUAGUGAUUCAAGUGCCUUGACAACACACAAGAGAAUUCAUACUGGAGAGACACCUUACAAGUGUGAUGUGUGUGGGAAACAGUUUAGUGAUUCAAGUGCCUUGACAACACACAAGAGAAUUCAUACUGGAGAGACACCUUACAAGUGUGAUGUGUGUGGGAAACAGUUUAAUCAUUCAGGUGACUUGAUAACACACAAGGGAAUUCAUACUGAUGGGUCACAUUGUGUUAAAUUGAUGAAAUUAAAAAGACAAAAAAAUAAAGUUACAAAUAAAACUUUUGUGAAAAGGCCUAAUACUUGUGAAGAAUAAUCAAUGAAUUUAAAUUAUUUAUUGAAAUUGCAUGCUUCCGAAAUGAUUAAAUUUGAUAUAUGUAUAUGUAUAUUAUAUACAAAAAUUUACACAAUUUUAUAAGGUCUAUAUACCAGUAGCAAACAUUUGUUCAAAAUUAAUUGUAUAUAUAUUUAAAUGCUUCUGAUUCAUUGUUUAUAAUAAAAAAAUGAAUUCUUCCAGGUAAUGCUUUCAACAGGCAAUUAAACAAAAGAAAAUAAUUCUGUUUAUUUAGGGUGAUCCCCAAUAUAAUGUUUUGUAAAGGUAAGCAAACACACAUACUCACACCUUAUAUUUGGUAAAAAGCUCUGUCAAUACCCCCACUCCUCCCUUAACUAAUUUGAUCACAGGCCAUUAUUGAAUUUUCUGUUUGUAUUAUGGUUUGGUAAUAAAUAAUUAUCUGUAAUAGAACUGGCUGAAUUUAUCAAUUGGAAUAACACAUUCUUUUGAAAUAAUGCUUCUUUGACAAACACUUUUUAUGUACCCAAUAACCUUUUAAUAAAACUCCCACUGCAGUCUCUCUCUCUCUCUCUCCACACCCUAUCUCCACACACCCCACCCCCACACCCCUCAUUUCAGCCAUAACUAUUGAUGUCUGUCUUAAAUCGUUAAUGAAAUUGUGAGUGGAAAAAAUUGUGACAAAACAAAUUAAAAAAAAGGUACCUAUUA